CGGGCGUGGAGCGCGGCUGGGAAAGCUGCUGCCUCCGGCCCUGCCCGGCUACCUCCGCCGCGGCCGGUGGCUAUGGAGCUGGAGGGCACCAGACCUGGGGCGACAGAGCAUCUACGACUCCGGCCGCCCAUGUCCUGGCUGCUGCUGCUGCCUCUCCUGCUGCUACUGCUGCUGCCGGGCCCAGCGGCCUCCCAGCUACGAUACUCGGUGCCGGAGGAACAGGCACCCGGCGCUCUUGUGGGCAACGUGGCUAACGCGCUGGGGCUGGAGCUGCGGCGUUUGGGGCCGGGCUGCCUGCGCAUCAACCAUCUGGGUGCGCCGAGUCCGCGCUACCUGGAGCUGGACCUGACAAGUGGAGCGCUCUUCGUCAACGAGCGCAUUGACCGGGAGGCGCUGUGUGAGCAGCGGCCUCGCUGCCUGCUCAGCUUGGAAGUGCUGGCGCACAGCCCCGUGGCGGUGAGUGCCGUAGAGGUGGAGGUACUGGACAUCAACGACAAUUCGCCGCGCUUCCCGCGGCCGGAUUACCAGCUUCAGGUAAGCGAAUCGGUGGCUCCUGGAGCGCGCUUUCACAUUGAGAGCGCGCAGGACCCCGACGUGGGCGCCAACUCGGUGCAGACUUACGAGCUCAGCCCCAGCGAGCACUUCGAGCUGGACCUUAAACCCCUGCAGGAGAACAGUAAGGUGCUGGAGCUGGUGCUGCGGAAGGGCCUGGACCGCGAGCAGGCAGUCUUGCACCACCUGGUUCUCACAGCGGUGGACGGAGGCAGCCCAGCCCGCUCGGGCACGGCACAGAUCUCUGUGCGUGUCCUGGACACUAACGACAAUUCUCCCACCUUCGACCAGAACACUUACCGUGUCCAGCUUCGGGAGGACGCUCCUCCGGGCACAUUGGUGGUGAAGCUGAAUGCCUCGGACCCGGAUGAGGGCUCCAAUGGCGAGCUCAGGUACUCAUUGAGCAGCUACACGUCGGACCGGGAGAGGCAGCUCUUCAGCAUCGAUGCCAGCACUGGGGAAGUGCGGGUAAGUGGAGCACUGGAUUAUGAGGAGGCCUCUUCCUACCAGAUCUAUGUGCAGGCUACUGAUCAGGGUCCAGUGCCCAUGGUGGGUCACUGCAAGGUGCUGGUGGACAUCGUGGAUGUGAAUGAUAAUGCACCAGAGGUGGUACUCACGGACCUGUACAGCCCAGUGCCUGAGGAUGCUGCAUUGAAUACUGUUGUGGCCCUUCUCAGUGUCAAUGACCAAGACUCAGGCCCCAACCGGAAAGUGAGCCUGGGCCUGGAGGCCUCACUCCCUUUCCGGCUGAAUGGCUUUGGAAACUCCUACACACUGGUGGUGAAUGGUCCGCUGGACAGGGAGCGGGUAGCUGCCUACAACAUCACAGUGACAGCCACUGAUGGGGGAGUGCCACAGCUCACAUCCCAGCGGACACUGCAGGUUGAGAUCUCUGACAUCAAUGACAACCCACCAAGCUUCCUAAAGGACUCCUACAACAUCUACAUCCAGGAGAACAAUUUGCCGGGGGUGUUGCUCUGCACUGUGCAAGCCACAGACCCAGAUGAAAAGGAGAAUGCAGAGGUGACCUACUCCCUCCUGGAGAAGGAGGUUCAAGGGCUGCCAGUCACCUCCUAUGUCUCCGUUAACAGUGCCAGUGGCAGCCUUUAUGCUGUCAACUCCUUUGACUAUGAGAAGUUUCGGGAGUUCUUUGUGACUGUGGAGGCCCAGGACAAGGGGAGUCCACCGCUGAGCAGCACUGUGACCGCCAAUGUGUAUGUGGUGGACAUGAAUGACCAUGCCCCUCACAUCCUAUACCCUACCUCAACUAAUUCGUCAGCAGCCAUUGAGAUGGUGCCUCGAACUGCCCCUGCUGGCUAUCUGGUCACCAAAGUCAUAGCCAUGGACUCAGACUCUGGGCAAAAUGCUUGGCUCUUUUACCACAUGGCUCAGACUUCUGACUUGGACCUCUUUAAAGUAGAGCUACACACAGGAGAAAUUAGGACUACCAGGAAGAUGGGAGAUGAGAGUGGAACCACUUUCAACCUGACCGUGGUGGUUCGAGACAAUGGAGAGCCAUCACUGUCAGCCUCUGUGGCCAUUACAGUAGCUGUGGUGGAUAGGGUUUCCAAAAUCCUCCCUGAUACUCAGAGACACGUGAAGGGUCCUCGGACAUACUCUGAAAUUACACUUUAUCUAAUAAUAGCAUUAAGCACAGUGUCUUUUAUAUUUCUUUUGACAAUCAUUGUUUUGAGCAUCAUCAAGUGCUACCACUAUACUGCAUAUGGAACCGCGUGCUGUGGGGGCUUCUGUGGAGUGAGGGAGCGGUGCCCUGCUGAACUAAACAAACAGGCCAAUAACAAUAUUGAUGCCAGGUUACCGCACGGCCUCAAAGUGCAGCCUCACUUCAUUGAAGUGCGAGGGAACGGCUCCCUCACCAAGACCUACUGCUACAAGGCCUGUCUGACAGCAGGCUCAGGGAGUGACACUUUCAUGUUUUAUAACACAGGGGCACAGACAGGACUGGGGCCUGGGGGAGCCCAGGCGACAGCGAGUGACAGCAGGCACCUCACAGGCCAAAGUGGGCAGAGUGCCGGGAACCUGAUCAUUCUCAAAAAUGAUGCCAUUCCUCAAAACGAGCCACGACAGCCCAACCCAGACUGGCGUUACUCUGCUUCCCUAAGAGCAGGAAUGCACAGCUCUGUGCACCUAGAGGAGGCUGGCAUUCUACGGGCUGGGCCAGGAGGGCCUGAUCAGCAGUGGCCAACGGUAUCCAGUGCAACACCAGAACCAGAGGCAGGAGAAGUGUCCCCUCCAGUGGGUGCUGGUGUCAACAGCAACAGCUGGACCUUUAAAUACGGACCAGGCAACCCCAAACAAUCUGGUCCCGAACCUAAAAAGCAGACCCAAGUUUCCUUUCUCCUCCGCCGCAAAGGAGAAGCUUCCCAGCCCCGCCAGUGAGAGGUUGGACUCUCUGCCCUGUGCUCCGGGGAUCCUGUCUUGAUGACACUUGCAGGGCAGGCUCAAAGGUUUUGAGAUUGAGCAGCUUGGGUGUCUGUGGCCACUGGGUUUGUGUGGUUACCGUGGGCGUGUGAGUGCCAGACAUUGGCUGGGAUGGGCCAGAUGAGACUAGUUGGUGCAAGGAGGGCUGGGAAACAAAGGCAAAGAAACAGUGGGAGUUGCCAAUCCAGGGGGAACGUGAACUAAAAGGGACCAGACUUUCUAAAUCUUACAACUCAAGAGGCAGUGGCCACCCUCUCGCAGACAAAACCACCCCUGCCGACAAGGCUUUGGGCAUCCUCAAGUCUGUUGGCUGUGGUGUCAUUAUCCCUAAAACCUGCAUUACACCUACAAGCCAACAGUUCAGUGUUGAACGGGGCCAACCAGGGCACCAGAGGCAGAUCUGAUGUGUUUGCUGUGCGUCCUUGUGCUCACUUUAUCAAAAAUUCUUUUGCACACAAUGUUUAUGAAAAGGCUAGAUCCUUUUCCAACACAUAUGCAAAAGCAGAAGCGAAAGAAAACCCCAACACCUCACUUUAUGCUGUUUGUUGUUUGAUAGAUUUAUUUAAAAAAGAGAAAAUCUAUGACUAUAAAUCUUUAAAGAGAAAUAUGAUGAGUCCCCCCUCAACUCCUCAAAAGAGAAUCCAGUCUACAGCCAUUUAAAUGAUCAUUGCUGCUACAGAAGUGCUUUAAGAGAAUUGCCUGAAACAUCUGUAUUAUACCGGCCACCUGCCAAUCACAGCUUUACUCUUUCAGGUCACUCUGGGGCUGCCUCUUGCAUGUAUUAAUUACUAAAUAAAAGGAUCUUUCUCUGUCUCUUUUCUAAGAAACAAUUAUGUGCACUUUGAAUACACAGUACCUUCUCUAGCCAACUAUAUCAAGACCCCGAAAUUGAAGAAAAAUAAUUGUUUUCUCAUACACACAGUGAGCCGACUUUUCAAUCCUCGAAUUCUGUGAUUUGUCUUGGUGUGCCAGCCCACACCUUCUCUUUGGUUUAGUUUUCCUUUUUUAGAACACUCUGAAUUGCUAAUCUUGCUGACACCUAUGAUGUUACCUGAAAUCAAUCUCCCAUAUGUAUGCUGUAUGCUAUUAUAAGACUCCUGAAAUAUACUUACUCCGUGCUUGUGUAUGUGAAUGUUAAUGCAACUAUACCUAGAGUGAACUUUAAGCUUUAUUGUUGAAUGUAAUUCCAUUAUAUUUCCUUUUGUACACCUGUGAAAAAGUGGAGUAGUGUUUUUUUAACCAUUGUUAAUCAGCUUUUGUGUAUGAAAGACACAGUAAAAUUUCUUUCUUAAAUCAA